GGACAUAAAGUUGUCCACAUCGAGGUCAGCAACCAUCUCCAUGGAACGCGGAUCGUUUUUUUUAGCAGCCUGAACAGACCGCAUAGCUGAACAUGUGCACGUAGAGCGUUAUUGACAGCGCAGGCGUCUCACUUGCAAUAUAGGCGAUAGCGACGUUGCUAGGCUGAACUGAACUGCAACUCCAACCCCUGGUGCAUGAUCCAUCGCUUGGUUGUUUGCAGCUAUGUCUUUGAGAUACGCACACGUGGUUUCUCUGAUUGCUGCCAUCGUGGUGACGGUCGGGGCAACUGAUCUGGAGGAUUUCUUUCAGAGGAUACACACUGAAGGCGAGGUUACGACGUACCAAUGCUACCGAAAUGGUACCACGCUCGAGCCAUCCUCAUCGCGUGACUUCGCCGUCCUGUGGAAAGGCUCGGACCAGCCCGAUGACGUAGCACAAUGCGUGUGCACGUUCCAGCUUGCCGGCGACAGUGAGAACCAGAGGUUCGAUGCCACUGCCGAGUACGAAUCACAAGGAGACUACGCCAUAUUAUCAGGCGACGGUAAACAGGCGCGUCUUUACCAACUCCAGCCUCCAUACCAGGGUGAAGCCUACUACUUCAAGGAAGUGGCCGAUCCGGAUGGCGAUCCGGCCUUCAAGAUUUACGACACAGACGAGACCUGCACAAAUGCCGAAGCACUUCGCAACCAGGUCUGCCCUGAACCGUGCGACUUGGAAUACGUACGUUGAAGGGUGCAGAGAUGCAGCUCAGGCAAUAACAAGUAUAACAACGAGAAAUUAAAAGAGGUUGAGGGAAAGCAUGUAAGUUUUACUUGUGCGAGCGAAGAACU